CUGCAGGGCAAGGGCACCUGUGUUAAGUAGGGAAAUGCAGUUUUUACUAUUUGUCUUCUCCGCAGAAAAAGAGAGAGGAAAAAGAAAUCUGGAGAGAGGAAAGGGAGAGAUGAAUAGCUGAAGAUUUGGGCUAAUCUGAACAUCUAUCUUUUUUUUUUUUUUUUUUCCUCUUCCUGAGCAGUUGCACAAACUUUUUGGAGAGGGGAAGGAAAAAAAAAAGCCUCACUGAAGUGAAGCAGCGAAUGAAGUCUUGCCAUGUGCAGGGUUAAAUGGAAACACACAAUCAGACCAUAACUCUGUGUAAUUCAAGCCAUACGGUUUGUCUGUCUGUUGACUCGAAAGGUUGUAUCAAGGCUUGGCAAGGGAGGGGACUGAGAAGGGAUAAUCCAAACCUUUUCAUGAUUCAUAAACCACUCCUUUGCAAUUUGGAUAAUAGAUUUCUCUCUCGCAGCCACUCGCUACACUUCAGAGUUCACUGCAGCUCGGGCUCUUUCUCUCUCUCCUUUCAGGUUCUUCAUCUCCAGGAACGAGCAACAUCCAAACUGAAGGGAAAUACAUCGCACAAAAUAUUAAGAAAACUCCUUCUUUAAAAAAAAAAAUCUUUGGAGAAGCUGAUUUCCUUUGGCAAGCACGAGAAAGUGAAGAAAAUGAAGCCAAGUCUGCGAUUUUUCUUAGCUGGUUUUCUGCUGUUGAUUCUGCAGACGGGGCUUUGCUAUGGGAUAAAAUGGAUAGCUCUGUCCAAGACUCCUCUGGCUUUGGCCCUGAACCAAACCCAGCACUGCAAGCAGCUGGAGGGCCUGGUGGUGUCGCAGGUGCAGCUGUGCCGCAGCAACCUGGAGCUGAUGCAGACCAUCAUCCAGGCGGCGCGCGAGGUGAUAAAGACCUGCCGCAAAACCUUCUCGGACAUGAGGUGGAACUGCUCCUCCAUAGAGCUGGCUCCCCACUACCUGCUGGACCUAGAGAGAGGCACAAGGGAGUCAGCAUUUGUGUAUGCCCUCUCUGCUGCUGCCAUCAGCCACACCAUUGCCAGAGCCUGCACCACCGGGGACCUCCCUGGCUGUUCCUGUGGUCCCAUCCCAGGUGAGACACCUGGACCUGGGUAUCGAUGGGGAGGAUGUGCAGACAACCUCAACUAUGGUCUUAUCAUGGGGUCCAAAUUUUCAGAUGCUCCCAUGAAGAUGAAAAAAUCAGGAUCACAAGCCAAUAAACUGAUGCAUCUGCACAACAGUGAAGUAGGGAGACAGGUCUUGAAAGCCUCUCUUGAAAUGAAAUGUAAGUGCCAUGGAGUUUCUGGGUCAUGCUCCAUCAAGACCUGUUGGAAAGGCCUUCAGGAGCUGCGAGACAUUGCCCUGGACCUCAAAACCAAAUAUUUAUCUGCCACCAAGGUUGUUCACCGGCCCAUGGGCACACGCAAAUACCUCGUGCCAAAGGAUAUCGAUAUCAGGCCAGUCAAAGAGACAGAGCUGAUUUACCUGCAGAGCUCUCCUGACUUCUGCAUGAAGAAUGAGAAAGUGGGGUCACAUGGGACCCAGGACAGACAAUGCAACAAGACUUCCAACGGGAGUGACAGCUGCGACCUGAUGUGCUGUGGCAGAGGCUACAACCCCUACAUGGACAAGGUGGUGGAGCGCUGCCACUGCAAGUACCACUGGUGCUGCUACGUCACCUGCAAAAAGUGCGAGAGGACUGUCGAGAGAUACGUGUGCAAGUGAAAACCCUCCUCUGCCCACCUGGGAGCUGAGACACCCAGCACUGCUCAGAGAAAACUUUCCUUCACUAGGCAUCGUCUAUCUUGUAAAGACACACACUUGGGGAGAGGUGGGAGGAGGAAAAGCAGCAAUCGCACCAGUAGAAAUAAGAACGUAAAUAAAACCUCCCAGAAAGCAACAAACCCACCCAAAUAUUUCCCCCUCACCAAUAAAAUGCUCUCUGAGAAGACAAAAUCUCAUGUGGGAUGAUAUCUUCUUCCAAAAUAUUUUCUACGGUUGCCAAUGAUGUCCAGCCAUCAAGUGCCUUAGUAUCCUGAGAAAUAAAUACAGAAACUUUCCCUGGGGGGGAAAAAAACAACAUUUGUUUGACAGUAACUAAGGCUCACACCUGCCUAUGCCUUCCAGCACAGAUACUGAGUCUCCAUUUGGACCAUCCCAGAAGGGAAAA